AUGGCGAACGGCGGCGAUCCAUCGUCGGCGACGAGAGAAGGGCCGGCCGCCGGAGAGCAUCAACGGCAGAGACUAGUGCUCCGGAUUCCGCUUUCGCCGGGCGGCGCUACGCCGGCGAGACCACAGUCGCGGUUCCACAAGUUCACCUUCCCGUCGGCGAGCUGGUCGGGGCAGCGGCUGUACCGCUGCCGGACGGCCGAUCCCUCCGCCGCCGCAUUUUCUGCUGUGCACAGACCGGGUGGCGAUCUGCACGGGGCGGAGGAAGCGAUUGGCGAUAUCGCGACGGCGAAGGCCCCGAUCCAGGCGGCAAAUUUGAUCGGUAACAACGAUGUUGAGCCGUCCCCGGCGACGGUCCGGCCGGAGGCCGCGAGGCCGUGGAAUCUACGGAAGAGAAGAGCCGUCUGCAAAGAACCUUCGCCGGCGCCGGCCGAAGCAAUGAAACGCGGCCAGGGCAAUGGUCAGCCGGCAGCGAGGCUCUCUGAAAGGAUUCCGAGGAUGAAGAAGACGGCGGAGAAGGAGCGGACCAAGCUUUUCCGGGAGCUGUCGAGGGCUGAGGUAGAGGAGGACUUCAUCCGCAUGACCGGAUCGAAGCCCCCGCGGCGGCCAAAGAAGUGGCCCAAGGCCGUGCAGAAACGCCUCGAGGUGACCCCCAUUCAAUCCUUCCGAUCCAGGAAAAAAACGAUCGCGCAGUUCUUCCCCGAAUCUCCGUCUUCUCCUUCCAUCUUCAAUCGAAUCUCCUGCUUUACGUCUCAUUUCCUUUCCCGACGAAUUUCCUGCACACCUGAAAUUUCUUUCCCCCUAAUCAGGCGCUCACUCCGGGCUUCCAAUUGACGGAGAUCACUCUGGAUAUGUACAAGACCUCCUCAGGUGAUUGA